CUGUUCUGUAGUCUGCUCAGCCGCCGCCUUCUGCACUCUGCAGUCUGAUCUGCUCAGCCAGUGCUCUCUCUCCGCAAAUCUCUUCACUUCGUUGCUGCUUACCUUCUUCAACUUCAUUGGGUUUUCUGGAUUGGCUCAGAGCCUUCCUUUGGGUGCAUGACAUUUGAGGCUUGGAUUUUGCGCAGAGAAGGAUGGGGAGAAUGAUAUUGAAUAAUGCAUUGAGAUCGAUAGUGAAUGCGGAGAGAAGGGGGAAAGAUACGGUGGAGUUGAAACCUAUAUCCACAGUAAUGUCAUCAUUCCUCAAAAUCAUGAAAGAUCGAGGUUACAUCAAGGAUUUUCAGAUCUUUGAUCCUCAUAGAGUGGGGAGGAUAACAGUUCAACUACAAGGCAGGGUUAACGAUUGUAAAGCUCUUACUUACAGGCAGGAUGUAAAGGCAAGAGAUAUUGAAGAGUACAAAAAGCAAACGCUUCCGACUAAACAGUGGGGUUAUGUUGUGAUUACUACUCCCGAAGGUGUGUUGGAUCACGAAGAGGCUGUUAAGCGUAAUGUUGGGGGCCAGGUUCUUGGCUAUUUUCAUUAGAUGGGAAGGGAGAAAUGUUCACCUAUAUGACAACAUCCCGACUUCACCGACAUGAAUUGUAGUUUUGUUUGCCUCAAUUUCAACCGGUGUGAAUCUUGUGUCAUCUUAUGAUUUAGAUAAAUGGUGGAACAGGAUCACUCCUCUUGAAACCGCGGUCUUGUUUGUUACAAAAAAUGUAGCAGCAUUUACGAAACCAGUGUAUUACUCUUUUAAACCUAAUUUGAAGCAUAUCUUCCUCGGGUCGGGGUUUUCUGGUUU